AUGUUGUCAGUGUCGACAAGCAGAUUGAAUCCCUUUCUUGCAAAUGCCCUGGAACAAAAGGGGGGGCCGGAGAGGUCGAACAAUACUGCCUUGGAACUCGUGGAUCAAAUUAAGAUCCUGCAUAUGGAACUCGCACACGAGAAAAGUUCGCGCCUCAAGUACCUAGAGGAGGUGUUUGCUCUCCAAGAACAAACCAGAGCAUUACAAGAAACGAUGAACAAGAAUCCCUUUGUGGCUGUUGUUGUCGAUGGCGACGGUGCCAAGUUUCUGGAUUCGUUGCUCCGUCACCCACGCGAAGGGGCCAAGCAAGCGGCACUGAACCUCAAGCAGGCUGUGAAGGAAUACCUCAAGGGAACAGUGCUGGAAAGCGACGAGGUUCCUAUUGUUGUUCGGAUCUUCGCAAACAUCGACGAUCUUGGCCGCUCUCUGUACCUAUCCGGAGUAGUGAAUUCUCGAGACGACAUGCGAACAUUCUCUGAACAUUUUACGAAUAACAGCGCUGAAUUUGACUUUGUGAAUGUCGGCCGAGGUAAAGAAAAUGCGGACUUCAAGGUGAAAACGCCACCCCUAGAGAUGUUCGACCACUACUACCGAAACUUCCAAUGCAAGAAAAUCUUCUUCGCGGGCUGUCAUGACAACGGUUACAUCCACGAGCUUCGUGACUAUGGGGAAAGCCAGGAGGCUCAGCAACGGAUCGUGCUCCUUGAAACAACUCCCGCCGAGUCCUCUUUCGAAGCGCUCGGUUUCCCCAUAACUUCCUUUGAUGCCGUUUUCCGCCGCGAGCCUCUAGAAAAUGAAUUCAAGGCAAAGCCGAUCCAGAUGCGCGCCCAAAGCUGCUCACUGUCACCAUCAUCGAGGGACCCAUUGCCUACUGAAUCCAAGGAACACCGAGAGAAGUUAUUGCUCGGGUCUUCAAUCACCCCGUCACUCAAGACAUCCAUCUCCCGGCCUAAAUUUUCCUUGGCAGCGAAACCACAAAAUUCGAAUUAUGCUGCUAUUGCGCACAUGGAGUCCAUAGCACAAGGACCAUCUGGGGUGAACAUCAACGACUCUGGCCGAGGUGGUAUCACGGUGACACAUAGUACCGCCAGCUAUGCGACUGUUGCCCGCACGGAAAACGUUGGAAACCUAACUCUUGAGCGCUCGAAAUUUGCAAAACCCAAUGUGAUUGAGUACAAUUCCGACGGGCAGCGCUUAGAUCCAGAGGUCAAGCCACCCAGUGAUUCCCAGGCCUGGGAAUCCUAUAAACUCAAGCAGGAAAGUGCUUUGUCGAAUACAUUCUGCAACGAUCAUUACCUUGGUGGAUCUUGCACCCGACCAAAUUGCAACCGAGAGCAUGGAUUGAAGUUAACCCCUAGCGACCUUGUUAUACAGCGAUACUAUGCUCGCAAAACCAUCUCUGCCCAUAUGGGGUAUCUUGUCGUCAGCCUUCCUGGUGCAAAUUUGGUACUCACCUACCCCGGGGCAAAAUGGAAGUUGCGUGAUGAGCGCUGGACGGAGGGCAAGACCUUUCCGGAGCGAUUUCUGGAACAUUUCAAGUUAUAG